AUAGUUUUGUUUUGCGCCACUUACACAAUAUUCACUUCAACAAAGAAAACAAUAGUAAAAACUCACUUCUCUUUUCUCCACAGAUAUUUGGCUGAGGAAGAUAACAGCAAUGGCUUCCACGCCAUGUACAAAUCUUUAUAGCAACAACAACACACUUUGCACAAACAGGUCGAUUUUUGUUGUUGGUUUAUUAACAUGUCCAUUUCAGGAACCGAGAACAAGACCUGCUCAGCUUUUCUGCAAAGAAAGGAUCUGUUCUCAAAACUUCUCACAUGGACUUUCACCUUGCCUGAAGAGAUCUUCUUUUUCCUCAAUGUCGAAGAAAUUAAUUUCUACAAUCCCCAGAUGCAGUGGUUCUUCAAACUCAAGUGGUGAUAAGGAUGAAACCUCAAACUCUGAGAAGACACCUUUUGGAUAUUCAAGGAAGGAUGUUAUACUCAUAGGAGUUGGGCUUACUGCUGCUGGCAUUGGCUUGAAAAGUGGAUUGGAGUAUAUUGGAGUUGAUCCCUUACAGGCUGGCAAUGUUGUUCAGUUAGUUCUGGUCUUAGGUCUUACAAUAGGAUGGAUUUCAACAUAUAUCUUCAGAGUCUCAAACAAGGAAAUGACAUAUGCCCAACAGCUACGUGACUAUGAGGACAAAGUCAUGCAGGUGAAGUUAUAUCAACACACUAAGUUCUUUUUGUUUUUGGUGUCCCAUCAAUUUUCAUUCUUUAUGACUAUGAAGACAAAGUCAUGCAGAAAAGAUUGGAGACUCUAACAGAGGCAGAGAUAGAAGCAUUGCUUGAACAGGUUGAGGAAGAAAAGCAGCGGUUGGCAGGGGGCGAGCAAGUGAAAUAGUUGUACCAUGAAGUGUAUAUGUAGAUAUGAAAAUAGAAGCAGUCAAGCAGAGCACCAUGAAACCUCUUCAAAGUGAAACUGCUGUACAAAGUCAUCUUCAUGAGCAGAAGCUCACACAAUCUCACAUGCUUAAUCCUCACGUAGAGUUAAACUGAAAAUUAUUCGUACCAGAUGGGUCUUCUUGAUGUAUACAAAGCUUCGGAAAUCUCUGAUAAGUUGUUGAAAUAUCAUACUACUGUGCUUUAGUAUAUCAUUCAUGAUAUGUAGUAUGUUGAGAUUAUUGUGAUAGUCUGCAUUUCUUGUACUGGUGAAGGACCUCUAUUGAUUUUGUAUACUUUCAAAUGUCAUUUGAAGUUCCCUCCA